ACGCGCAGGUACGCGUCUUAGCGACUUCCUGAUGACUGAUGAAGGAUUGUCAGUGAGCUAAUGUGUUUUUGUUGUUUAGUUUUGCAGUUUGCUGCUUCAUGGCCAUUGUUUGAGAAGUGAAACGUCUAACAUCGUAAAUAAUAGGCUUCAAAGUCCAACGGACUAUAUCGAAGACGGAGGACAUUGAUCUGAAAUUAACCUGGUGAUGUGUGCUGUGAAUCAUAAUUAGUAUAGAGUUAUCGUGAAUCGAGUCGCUCGUUCACACUGUAUAUUGACACAAAUGCUAAGUGACCAAAUAGACGGAUAAACGCCGCAAUGCAACACCAAAAUAUUUAUUCAGUAACUGUUACGUAAUGAACGUCAAAUGUGAUGGCAAAGAGUACACACAAGAAGAAGGAGGUAAAGAGUUGGGCACAUCGGAUAAGAGAGAUAGUAAUUCUUCCAUUGCAGCUAAUAGAGGAAAAUCCACCUAUAACUGUGAAAGGUGGUGCUGACGUUGGCCAGUUUGUGUGGGUAGCAGACGUUAAGCAAGAUAGGCUUCAUUACCACUCAGGCAAGCUGCAUCCAGAUGACCUGCUGCUAGAAGUGAAUGAGCAGAAGGUUCCUGGACUUACCCAGGCUGACACUCUCAACUGGAUUCAGCUCUGCAUCACGGGAAAGAGCCCAGCUAUAUUCAAAGUUGUCAAGCCUUCAGGUUUGCUAAACAAGGACCUGAGACAGUAUCUGAGCAUAAGUUUUCCGAAAGGAUGUAUGGACCAUGAUCAACAGCAGACCAUAAGGGAAAAUGUCUACUUGCGGACCGUACCAUGCACAACUAGACCACCAAGGCCAGAGGAGACACAUGGCCAAGACUACAUCUUUCUGUCUGUUGAUGAGUUUAUGGCCCUGGAGAAAUCUGGCAACCUCUUAGAAAGUGGCAUUUACGACGGUAACUACUAUGGCACUCCGAGGCCACCCCGUGAGCCGCUAAGCAUCGUUCCCAACACAGCUUCCUCUGUCGCUAAGCAUAGCACGCCGUCGACUGACAUAAUCCUACCGGGGAAAACCCCGUCCAGCAAAGGGAAGCGCCAGCGAAACCGCUCCAGUGUAGAGGCGAUAAAGUACGGGCAGGAAGCAGUGCCCUCUGGUGCCAGCAUUGAAAUGGCCGGUCAGCCUGGCGGUAGCAACAGCCCUGAUUGGCCGUCGGAGGAAGAAUUGGGAGAGUUGCCGAGUAACUGGGAGAGAUCCUACACGGAGACUGGGGAAGUGUACUUCAUAGACCACAACACAGGUACAACACACUGGCUGGACCCACGCCAUGCUAAGAUGAGAAAGAAGCCAGAGGAGUGUGAUGACCAAGGUGUGUACGUGCAGUCACUAGAAUUGCCGUAUGGUUGGGAGAAAGUGAUCGAUCCGACGUUCGGCGAAUACUACAUAGACCACAUUAACCGCAGGACUCAGUACGAGAACCCCGUGCAGCAGGCAAAGACCGACAGCUACCAGAAGUCUCCCUCCUCCUCCACGCUCCCGCGCGCAAAGAAGACGCAGGGCAGCGAUGACGAGGGGGCGCCACCGAGGAGGGCACAGAGCGUGAGCGCCGUCAACGGUCCAGCGUCGCCGCGCGUGUUCUUCACGCGUGACCCGGCUGAGCUGCAGGGCGAGAUGAUCAACACCAGCCUCGUGAAGAGCUCGCGCGGGUUUGGCUUCACGAUCGUCGGUGGCGACGAGCAGAACGACGAAUUCCUGCAGAUCAAGAACGUCGUUCCCGACGGGCCGGCCGACAUCGACGGCAAGCUGAGAACAGGUGACGUGCUGGUCUACCUGGACGACCACUGCGUGCUCGGAUUCACCCACACCGACGUCGUCUCCAUCUUCAAGACGAUCGCGGUCAACCAGAGCAUCCACCUGAUGGCGUGCCGCGGAUACUCGCUGCCCUUUGACCCGAGCGAUCCGAACACGGAGAUCGUUACGACUGUCGCCGUGACGUCGUCGAAGUCGCCAGCCGACGCUGGUCAUCGCCGCGUGAACGGUGGCGCCCCCUUGACGCCGCCCACCGCCGCAGCACCGCCAGAGUUCCUCAACAUGUACAUCCGCAAGGGUGAGAUGGGAUUCGGUUUCACGAUUGCCGACAGUGCGUAUGGCCAGAAGGUGAAGAAGAUCAUAGACCGGGCGCGCUGCCGCGACCUUGAGGAGGGCGACAUUCUCGUGCAGAUCGGCAGCGUGGACGUGCGCGACGGCUCGCACGCGGACGUCGUGCACGCGCUCAAGGCCUGCCCGAAGAACCACGAGUCCCUCAUCGUCGUGCAGCGCCGCCUACCCGCCGCCGCCGCGCUCACCCCGGCCACGCCCCCUCCUAACGGCUUCUCGACGCCGAAGACCGACAGCCUGCUAGAGGGCGCUCACGGACCGGGGACUCCGUCGCGCACGCACGAGGCGCGCCCGGGUGUGCGGGCAGCGGCCGACGACAGCGGCGGUAAGAGGGGGUACGCGGCGGCGGCGGCGGCGGACGAGGGGAGGAAGCAGUCGGAGUACGGAGCCGGGUACGCGGCGGACGACCCGCAGCGGCUGUCGUCGACCGCUACGCCGACGAAUGACUUCAACACGCGAGACUUUGUGCCGGCGUCUUACUACACGGAGACGCCACCCAGGGGCAGCCAGCAGAUGUCACGCAGCUACGAACUGCCGCCUGACCAGCAUCCCUACAGCUCCUCCCUGUCGCCACACAACCCCGACUACGGUAUCCACGGCAACGGCCGGCAGCAGUCGCCGGGGCCGAGCCCUUCGCUGAACGGGCAGUCGGGAGCGAGCUCGCUGUACACGACCAGUCCCAGCCACCAGCCAGUGCACUCCACCUACUUCAACAGUCAGUCGUCAUACGAGCACGAGCCGGGGCCAGGCGGCGGCGGCGGAAGCGGAAGUUACGAGGGCCGGGAAUCGUGUGGCGAUUACGACGAGUACAGCGUGACGCUGCAUCGCAUGGAGACAGGGUUUGGUUUCCGCAUCGUGGGCGGCGUGGAGGAAGGCUCGCAGGUUGCCGUAGGAACGAUUGUGCCCGGUGGUGCUGCGGAUAUUCAUGGGAGGCUGAGGAUGGGUGAUGAGAUUCUGUAUGUGGAUGGACACAGCGUUGCCGGAGCGUCGCAUCACACUGUUGUUCAGCUGAUGGGAAAUGCAUCCAAUGCAGGCCGAGUCACUGUUACCGUCAGACGAAGAAAGCCAGAUGCUGACGUGGAGGUGGACUACCCGUACGACGUGACGGUCGUGCGACGUGACAACGAGGGAUUCGGAUUCGUCAUCAUCUCCUCUGUCGUCCAUCAUGGCUCCACCAUAGGUCGGUUGAUAGAGGGCAGCCCUGCAGAGCGUUGCGGACGGCUGGGAUUGGGCGACCGAAUAUUGGCUGUCAACGGCGUCAACAUUGUCAAUCUGCAGCACGGUGACGUCGUCAAACUGAUCAAGGACUCGGGACUGCGGGUGACGCUCACUGUGGGGGCGCCGCUGGCCGACGACGAAUGUCACACGAGCAACAUGAUACAGCAGCCUUCUCCCCACCAGGAGGCGCCUCCCCCGAUGAAGCCGGCGCGCUCGCACUCCCCGGCGUCGCGCUCACCGCCGCCGCCGCCGCCGCCGCCCGCCGCCGCCGACCAGUACCACGCCGUCGAGCUGCGACGCGGCACGCGCGGAUUCGGUUUCAGCAUCCGUGGCGGCGCUGAGUUUGGCAACAUGCCGCUGUUUGUCCUGCGCAUCGCUGACAGCGGGCCGGCGCAUGCCGACGGACGGAUAAAGGUUGGGGAUGAGAUUAUCGAGAUCAACUCGCACAACACGAAGGGUAUGAGUCACGCUCAGGCGAUCGAGCUCAUCAAGCAGGGAGGACAGCUGGUGAGGCUGCUGGUACGGCGCACCGGUGUCGUCCCGCCCGCCCUCGAGCAAGGACUUCCCUCUCCACUGGACGCAAGGUUGUCCUCGCAAGCUGGACCGCUCAGCCACAGCUCCCCCAACAUUGCCAAAGGUGGGAGCCAGGACAACUACCCCCAGGACGCUUCACGCGGCCACCACCAGCAGCCCAUGGUGGAGCAGUUCCAGCAGAUGAACGUCGGCGGCGGCGGCGACAGUGGCGGACAUCUACCGUCCUCGCAUACGUACCCCGACGCACAGGGCAGGAUGUGGCUGAACGACGGCAGUGCCUACCCGCGGCACGAUGAGCCUGACAGCUACCCGCAGUACGCCGACGCCGCCCGCUACCCUCACCACCCUCACGCUGACACCGACGCGGACCACUACCCGCAGCGGCCGUACGUGCAGCACGGUGCGGCCGAUGCCGCCGGCAGGUACCGCGGUCAGGCGACCGACGGCAGCAGUCAGCAGGCGGGCGAUGCGCGCUCGCCGCCCUACAGGGGCCAGAUGGGGUACGUGUACAACGAGAACCUGGCGAACGAGCAGCGCACGCAUGGCCGCGCCCCCGUGCGGCAGAGUCGGCCGGAGCAGCACGGCAGCCCGCUGGACGCGCCGCACGAUGGCUACCGCCACCAGGUGGCGCACGCGUACAACGGCGAGCAGGGCGGCGGCACGAUGCAGGCGGAAUAUGCGGCACCUCCCUACGCGCAUUCGGGCGUCGACGCCGAUUUCCCCCCUGCACAUUACCAGUACAGACCGACAGGCAGGGCCGUGCCCAGCUACGGGACAUAGCCAGGAGUCUGUGUACAAUAACAUCAUUGUCCCAUCACUGCAAAGCUAAAGAUGAGACCACCAGGCCGUCAUAUUGGCGAGCAGGAAUCUGUUUUAAGCGUAUUAAUUUAAUGAAGUGCGUUUAAUUAAACAGUGUCCAACUUCCUCUGCUUAGAUCUCUACCUUUGUGCCAAUCAAUAUGUUGGCCAAGUGACGUCACAUAAUUCCCAUAGUGCACUAUCCAUUUCUAAGAUAUAGAUCAUGUAUAGUAGCGGCGAUGUGGUGCGAAGAUGUUCACCUCUGUUGGGGAGUGGCGUUGUGCAGCGCCUGUUGGGAAGCAUACGCCUGCAUCCACGGCGGACCUGAUCUCUGAGGCAUCGUGUUGCAAGUGAUCGUUUCUGUUUGUUUUACCCCGGCAGUGGUCGUGGAUAUGUGUGUGUAGUUGAUUGGUUUAGAAUCUGAGGGUGACUUCACUGACUGAGUCAUGUAAAGACCAUCUCGUUCCUUUAGGAAAAACUAGAACUCUAUGCAGUGUCAUCCUGUAAAGCAUUUCAUUAAUAAAUUACAGCUAAAAUUUGAUGUUACGUUCAAGUCAGAAGAGCUGUGUGCUAGUUUUUGGGAAGUUCCAGUCAGUUCCAAUAGUACUGUGCAAUUGUUUAAUGUAUAUCUGAAGCCAGAAGUCCAGCUAGUGCUAAUUCUAUUCUUGUUUUUACAGUAAAUCUAAAGGUUGUGACUAAACAUUCCCCUUGUAAAUACGUGUGAAAUUAACUGGAGUGAAAGAGAAAAAUGUAUAUUUUUAAUGACUGCAUAUCAACUUUUAAUUAAUAAUCAUUGUUUAACUGUAAUCUGUGUGUAUAGUCGUUUAUGGUCGUUUUUUAGUGUAGCUCGGCAGCUAAUUAUUAUUCCCCAUGUCGAUUUUUUUUAAAUCUGAGUUGUGGCAUAAUCGAAUGUGGAUGCUAUGCAAUGUCUGCACAUGGCUUUUAAUUCUGCUCAAGCGUUCACUGCAGCAAUCGUGGAAUAUUGCUUGUUAUCCUCCUGUGUGUGUUUUCCGAGUGGCAGAUAAUUAAGGUGAUUCAAUGUUACGUUAACAAGAAUUGGCACAGCAUUCCAAUCGUAAGACUGCAAGUUAUGUGCGUUGUUAUUCCCUUUGUGAAGUAUAACGGUAAGUGAUCGGCGACAUCAAAGCAGACGUAAAAAUACGAUGCUAGGGAGAAAUAAAUUUGCCUUUUAAUUACAAUGUAACUGUGAAGUUGUGUUGCGUUUUAAAACAUUCCAAUUGAAGCAACCGUUUACCGUGCAUCAUUUUAAUGGCAUGAUUCAACUCGUGCAUCCCGCCGUAGACGAUUUGAUAUUUUGAGUGUAUAUUAUGAAUAUAGAAUUUAGGCAGUUAAUAACUGACAGCUUUAAAAAUUGGUCAGUAACUAAACACAGGUUCAUGGUUGUGUCAUCCAAUAAUAUAUAACUGUGAUUUUAAACUGUAAAUAUCCCGUUAUAUCUUGUAGCCACCUCCUUUAUCACAGACAAAUAACAGAAGAAACAAGAUUCAGAAAACUUUCGGCAUGAAUUAUAUACUUUUGCGUGUAAAGUUGUGAUUGUAAAGUAAAUAUUCUACUUUAUUAAGUAUUUUCAGUUACAAUAUGCAAAUAGCAGUUUGCAAAUCAUGCUAAUUGUCAAGUGUAAUUAAUAAUUAUGUACAUGUAUCUAUCAUGAAAUGGCAGUGCUAUGUUGAAUAUAGAUGAUAGUCUUGGUAUAUUUUUCACUCAUAUAUUGCCUUUUAAGAUGUUGAAACAAUAAAUACCUUUUCUAUAGCA